GUCGUUUGUGUAACUUAAUAAAUUGAAAGACAUCGGGUAUUCAAUAUUGUUUCAUGGUCAAAUACUAUUUGUUAUUUUUUGAAGUCAUCACUGUAGAAUCCACAUGUGAAAUAAACAUUAAAAAGGGACAUGGAUGCUUGAACGGGGGAGAAUGUGUUGCCAACCAGUACGAUCCAACAGAGUUAAAUUACUGCCAAUGUCCUGAUGGGUAUACUGGCGACUAUUGUGAAACAGAAAUGCUUUUUUGUGGACCAAACUUGGACUGCAUAAACGGUGGAACCUGUUUGGAAGAUGAUGGCGGCGAAAACUACUGUAUUUGUCCAGACGGCUUCAUUGGAUAUCUAUGUGAAACAGAAACAGACUGCUCUUCUGAUGACGAUUGUCUGAAUGGCGGUACUUGUGAUAUCCCCAAUACUCGCUGUGUAUGUUUAAGUGGAGUUACCGGCUACCAUUGCGAACGAAUUUUUCCUACCUGUGAUUGUAUCGAUGGUAUUGAAUGCGUCGGUGACGUGUGUCCUUGCUGCUGUGAGGGCGAAGAAUGUGUUGAUUACCGACCCCAAUCCUACCGAAUCUGGUAAUGGUAGUGGACGCGUAAUGCCGUCUCUCCUCAUAGCUCUGCUGGUGGUGGUCAUUGCUAUAUACACGAUGUAAUAUAACAUCACAACGAACGUCUAAAGUGCCGCAAUGUUGAUUACAAUUAGUCGAAACUAGUUCUUUUUAGAAAACACACUGCCAGAAUGACAGCGCACAAUUAUUCCACGUAUUGCUGUUGUUUUAAAACAAAUGUACAGAUUUACCCUAUUUUCAUUUUGUUAGUCAAUAAAGUAUUUGCAAGAAAAA